AUGUCGAACAGGAAGAUCAGAUUGUCUGUUUUUGCUGUGGCUAUUGUUGUCGGUGUCCUCAUAUUGUUCCAAACUUUCCAUUAUUCUGAUGAUUUCAAAAUGGCCACCGCAUUGUUAGGCGAUGAUACCAAGGAAAAUACCGAAGCGAAUAAUAUCCUAGUGUCCAACACCGUCGUCCAGGGAGCCAACAGUGAAGACAAAUUGCAGGAAGCAAACCUGGUCAUCAAAGUUUCUGGUGAGGAUAAGGAAGGUUCUCGAAAGGAUUUAACGGAAAAACCAGGCGAACAGUUUAACCCAGAAAAAGAGUUCAUGGAAAUUCUUUCAUUUUCUCCAGUGGUUAUUUUCUCAAAGACCUAUUGUCCAUAUUCCCAAAGAUUGAAAUCAUUAUUGAAGAAUGAUUACGAAUUAACCCCCGAACCAAUUAUUGUCGAACUAGAUAAGCACAAGCAUGGUGCUGAAUUACAAACCUAUAUUGGUCAACAAUCGGGCAGACGUACCGUGCCAAACUUGUAUGUCAAGGGGGUGUCUAGAGGUGGUUCAGAUGAUAUCAGGGAAUUACAUGAUAAGGGUGAAUUAUUGGACUUAUUGACCACUUGGGGUAACAAAUCUUUGAAAGUUACUAAGCAUAGCGUUCCUUCAAACUCAUGA